AUGUCAAGUAUUACUGGUCAUGUUGUUAUAUCAUCGAAUAAUGAAAAUGAACAAUUAUUUUCAAAUAAUCUAACUUGUUCAUUUUUACAAUGUUUCUAUCAAUUAAUAUGUGUAACAAUCAUUGUAUAUUUGCAUAGUAUUGCUAUUGUAAUAAUCUAUUUUAUUUAUGUUAAAUUAUUUUAUUCGACAUAUUUUUAUAUAAGUAUUCCAAUAUGUUGGAUACUAUGGUCAUUUUUAUGUCUAUUUAUUACAUUAUUUUUAUUAAAAUUUAUUAUUGGUAAUACUCAACCCGGAUAUUAUACUUUAAAUUCAUGGUAUUAUAUACAUAAAAUAUGGUUAAGACGAUUAAUUGUGUCAAGUUUUGACUAUUCAUUUACAAUUUUAGGUGGUUAUCAUUGUUGGUUUCCUAUUCUUCUUCGAUGGUUAGGUUCUAAUAUAAAAGGAAAUAAUACAAAAAUUGGACCAUAUGAUUCAUUUUUAAAUUAUCCAUCAAAUUUAUUAACAAUUGAAGAUAGUUGUGCAUUGUUUAGUGGAGCUAUGCUAGUUCAUAAUGAAGUUAAACAUAAUGGUCAUUGUAUUAUUGAUCAAAUUAGAAUUAGUACAGGAGUUACAAUAGGAAAUGAUUGUGUAAUUCAUGCUGGUUCAAUUAUUCCAUCUCAAGUAAUUGUUGGAAGUAUGACACGUUAUACAUCAGAAACAAUAUGUAAUGAAAAUGAUAUUCUAUUAGGUAUACCAGCAUCUAAAAUGCCAUUUAUAUUUCCAUCAAUUAAACAACAGAAUAUGCAGAUGGGAAAUUUUAUAACAGAAUUUGGUGAAAUAUUAAUUAAACAAUUUCUUGCUAAGUUUGUAUUUGUUAUAUGUGGAUUAUUUUGUAUAAAUAUUUUUAACAAUAUCUUUCUAUCAUUUCUAAUCUUUAUGAUUAUUUAUUCAAUUGUAUUUUGUUUACUUUAUCGUUUAUCAAACGCUGAUAUGUGGCAAAUUGGAACAUAUUCAUAUGAAAAUACAACACGUUGGCAUCAUUUUAUCUUUUUAUUAAUGUCAAUAGAUUAUUUUUUUGUAAUUGGUUCUCUAUUAGGAGGAACACAAUGGUUACUCUAUUUAUUUCGUAGUUUAGGUACAAAAAUUAAUGGUAAUGAUGUUAUUAUUGCAGAUUUUAAUAAUUUAGAAGAUUACCAUUUGAUUACAAUAGAUAACCAUGUCAGAAUCAAUUCAAAAGCUAGAAUCCAGUCUUUUGAAACUCAUUCAUCUAGUACUCCAAAUGUUCAUUGUCCGCGAGCAGCACAAAGGUUGGAUUCAUCUCUAACGAAAAUCCGAUCUCGAGAAGCAAAUCAUGCCUCAACACAAUUAUUCGAAACGAAUCAUCUGCAAGAAGAUUUUAAUAAACCUUAA